AUAUCCUCGAGUCGACGACGCAAACGGGACAUGAAAUUCUUCUCGAAUCAAACUUUCCUAGGUUCGUCGGGGAUGGGUGGCUCCCCUCCGGCUACGCCACCCCGCCGUGCGAUCGAGGAGGCUCAUCCACUGAUCUCUCCCGUACCGGAGAACCCUCCGGCGAGGCCGCGCCGUACACGCGCGGAGGAAGAGCAGGUCCGCAUAAGUCGGCGGGCCCUCGAGAACUGCAGGAAAGCCCUAGAAUUGCUGGAGAACGCUGCCGGUGAGCCCUACGACGAGGAUGUGGCGAAGGAUGCGCCACUAGCGACGGCGAGAGGGGAGGAGGGAUCACCGCUGCGGUCGGAUACCGAUGCCGAUGCGCUAUGUACACUUUUGAAGUCAAGAGUUGAAUUGUCAUACUUCCUUGAAAAACUUUGGAGUAUGCAGACAUCUGUUCGUCAAAAUAUUCAUGAUGAUAAUGCAUCUUGGGACAUGGUUACUGCUAGAGACUUGUGGGAAGACAGACUUGUCGAUGGGGAGAAUGACUCAGAACAAGAUGGUUUUAUUCUCAUUAGGCAAGAGGAUAUUGUGGAUGGAAUAGCAUGCUUCAUGGCUGAUUACCUAUUAUCAUUACAGCAAAUGAAAGAAUUUACUCCAAAUCAGCUUCAAGAUGCCCUAUGCAAAACAUUUUCUGUGAAGAAGAGGAGCCAGCUUCGAAAGGCAUGGGAUGGAAGCAAAGUUAUUUACAAUGUUGCUUCUUGGAGUGCUACUGCUAUCGAACACUUGUAUUCAUAGGAAACUCAUUCAGGA